AUGUUAAGCACAGACUCUUUGAUUGAUAUUGAUUGGAGAGUAGAUUAAUAAAUUUAGACACAUAAUUAAUAAAAAGUAUUUUUGUUUAUAAAUAUAACAAUAAUAGGUUAAUAUGCCUGCCUUAUUCCUAUAAUUAGAGACUUUGAAUACUUUAAAAAAUACAAAGGAGAAUGUGACAUUUUAGCUUAAUUAAAAUGAAGUUAAUAAUUUUCACAACAAUUUGUUUAAAAUUAAAGAAUAAUUAUAAACUUUAGCAUAGUGA